ACAAGAAGAGAAAUUGCCCUGAUUCAACAUGCAUCAUAUUGUCAAACUUUAAGUUGCACAUUUCCAAAGUGUUUGAGGGUGAGGAAACUUAUCAGGCAUAAGGAAGAUUGUAUGAUUGGUAUUGAUGAAGGAGAUUGUUCGGAAUGCAUGGAAAUUUGGGAUUUGCUUAAGCUUCAUGCUAAAUAUUGCAACACAUCAGAUCCUGAGUGUGAAGUACAUUGUUGCAGAGCCAUGAAAGCAGAGUUAGCGAAAGCGAAGCGACAGAGUAAUUUGAACCGAAGAGCGGAAGUAAUGGGAUUUGUCUUGGAGGCUGUUGUAGCAGCUUCGAAUUCAAAUGUGCAUGACGUGCAUCUCAAUCUCUCUGCUUUGGAGACCUGCAUUAAUGAGUAUAUCAUAUGAAUCAACUUCAAGGCUUAAUCAUAAGCAAAACUUGGUUUAUUUUUAUUUUAUAUGGCAGGACUUCUAUAAGACCAAAGCAAUUACUUCUUAUAAUCUAAAUUUCUAUUUUAAACCUC